AUGGCCCAUUCAACGCGCUUCGCCGUUCUCCCAGUCGCCGCGCUCCUCCUCGCGCUGCUCCCCGCGCGGCAUGCGGCGCCCGCCGCCGCCGAUCUCUGCGCGCUCUCGGGCCUUCCGCCGAAGAAGCCCGUCGUCCCACCGCACCGGUGCCCCGCGGCGGCGGAGCUGUCGUGCUGCGCGGACUGCGCGGACACGAAUCGCGCGCUGCAGCUCGUGUCGUCCACCCUCGACGACGUCGCCCAACGGAUCGACCCCAAUAUCCCCGGCAGCGGCAUAAUAGAUCUCAGCCCCAUGGUGUGUGAUGCGUUACAGCCGUACCCCCAGUGCAUGCUCAUGAUCGAAAAGAUAAUUUGCGGCGCCACGUGCAACCCAGAUUCGGGAACCUACAUUGUGAAGAAGGGGGGAGAAAUCAUUAUGACGGUCUGCCAGGAAUUCGCGAAUACCGCCUACAAAGCAUGCAAGGACGUCGAAAUCCAGGGCGUUGCAAUGAACCAGCUCAUCCCCGACGUUCAAAACAUGAUGGUCUAUGUGACCAACUACAUUGCGAGUUUCAUGGGCAUUGAGAAUUUCAAUAUCGCCAUCGGUACUCGACCAUGCCUCACGGGAGCUGCAGCAGCGCCAACCUACACCCCCUGCUGCGACCCUUCCGCCGUCGACCCCAAGUGUCCUGCGGGGGCUGUUGACAAAGUCAAGUACGCGCCCUACAUCAACCGCACCAUCAAUUCCACUGCCUGUACGGCCGGCGCACCCCAGGCCGCCCCUGCGCCCUCCCCUCCUCGGGAUGCGCCUGCUGCCCCUGCGCCUGCUCCCUCCACUCCCGCCGCUCCUGCUCCCUCUGUGGUUUCUCCUGGUGCGCCUGCUCCUGCUCCGCCUGCACCCACUGCAGGCACCCCUCCGCCUUCGCCUCAAGCGCCAGGAGUGGCGCCUAGCACCCCUCCUGCCUCUCCUAGCCCAACGACUGCGAGCCCCUCGCCCCCAUCCCCUCCGCCCAAGUCCGGGGCUCGUUCUGCUGCUUCUUUGAUGUCGAUGGUGGCUCUGGCGGUUGGCGCAGCGGCCCUGCAGUUCGUGUCGUCCACCCUCGACGAUCUUGCGCAGAUGAUCAACUAUAUGCUCCCUGGCGGCGGCCCCGCAGUCCCUUUCCUCGCGUCCCUGUUCCCACUCAGAUCCUAUCGUUCCGCCCGUUCUUCCCUUCGCCCCUCUUUCCCUCUUUCCUUCUUCCCUUCUUCUCCCCCUGGUUCCUUCUCCCCUUGCAGAGCAGCAGCCGCGCCAGCCUACACCCCCUGCUGCGAUCCCCUCACCGUUGACCCCAAGUGUCCCCCAGGCGCUGUUGACAAAGUCAAGUACGCGCAUAACAUCAACCGCACCAUCAACUCCACCGCCUGUAAGGCCGUUUCGCCCCACAAGACUCCCCUGCCUACUACUGCCACUGCUCCCGCGCCUGCUUCCCCUGCGCCUGCGCCUGUUUCCCCCGCGUCUGCUUCCCCCGCGCCUGCUUCCCCCGCGCCUGCUUCCCCCUCGCCUGCUUCCCCCGCGCCUGCUUCCCCGACGCCUGCUCCCACUGCUGGAAUCCCCCUGGCUUCUUCUCACCCAGCGCCUGCGACUCCCUCGUCCCCUCCCCCUCCACCCAAGUCCGGGGCUGGUUCCGCCGCUUCGCUGAUGUCGGUGGUUGCUCUGGCUGUUGGCGCUGCAGCAGUGUUUCUUCCGGCGUCUGUCUGCAAGCCGCCAUGCCAGGCGCGGGGAGCGGCGGGGGAGGGGGAGGGGGGAGGGGGAGGGCUGCGCGUGAGCACGCUGAACGGCGUGAAGGUGUAUAACGUGUCGGGCGGCAAGGCCGUGCCCGAGUGGAUCUCGGACAAGAAGAAACGCGCCCUCAGGAAGGACGAAGACUACCUCCGUCGCAUUGAGCUCAUUCAGGACCUCGAGUUCAAGGUCGCCUCAACGCGGAUCAAGGCGUCUCGUGACGGCAAAUACCUCCUCGCUUCAGUGCGAGUGUAUGAGCUGGCAGAGCUCUCCCUCAAGUUUGAGCGCAAUCUGGACUCGGAAAUCGUUGACUUUCAGAGCCUGGACUCUCAAGUUGCUGCUGACUUGCAGCACACAAUGGUAACCCUAUGUGAUCCACCCUAUGCGCGUAACGGUGUGACCGCAAUGGAGGUGCUGACAGACGACUACAGCAAGAUUGCCUUUCUCUGUGCCGAUCGCUCCGUGUGCUUCCAUGCCAAGUUCGGAGCUUACUUCAAGACACGCAUCCCCAGGAUGGGCCGGGGAUUGGCGUACGACCCAGCCUCGUGUGACCUGCUGCUUGCUGCUUCCUCGCCUGAGAUUUACAGGAUCAACCUGGAGCAGGGUCAGUUUCAGCAGUCCUUGCAAUCGCGGUCGCCAGCAGUGAACGUGAUCGGGCGAAGCCCCUCCCACGGGCUCAUUGCCUGCGGGGGAGAGGACGGUGCCUUGGAGUGCUUCGACAACCGCCAAGCCUCGGCUGUGUCUCGCAUCGAUGCUGUGGGAGCUACUGGGAAUGCCGAGCAGCAAGUGACAGCAGUACGAUUUGAAGACACUGAGGGCAUGCAUCUGGCUGUGGGCACGAGCACAGGGCAGGUGUUGCUAUACGACCUUCGUUCCUCCAAGCCCUACCGGAUAAAGGACCACAUGUACGGUAGUCCCAUUCACAGCAUCAAAUGGCACAGAGGCAUAGCGGGGUCGUCACAGCACAUCAUCUCAACAGACAAGCGCAUCAUCAAGAUCUGGAACCCCACCACGGGCACCAACGUGACAAGUGUGGAGCCAACUGAACCAGGAGGCAUCAACGACGUGUGUGUGAUGCGCGGCAGCGGGCUGAUCGUGGCAGCCAUGGACUCGCCUCGCCUGCAGGCAUACUUCAUCCCGUCUCUCGGUCCCGCCCCUCGCUGGUGCUCGUUCCUCGAGAACAUUACUGAGGAGUUGGAGGAGGGCGGGGCAGCGAUGUACGAUGACUACAAGUUUGUCACACGAGAGGAGCUGAACGCACUGAGGCUCACAGAGCUGCUGGGGACCAACCUGCUGCGCCCCUUUAUGCACGGAUUCUUCCUGCACUCGCGGCUGUAUCAUAAGGCCAAGUCCAUAGCAGACCCAUUCGCAUGGGACACAUACCGGCAGCAGAAGGUGAAGGAGAAGAUCGAAGCACAGAGAGGCAGCCGCAUAUCGUUGCAAAAGAAGCUUCCCAAGGUGAAUGCCAAGCUGGCGGCGCAGCUGAUGCAGCAGAGUGGGGCAGAGGGGGCGCGGGAGGAGGGUGGGGAGGACGAGGAGGAGGAGGAGGAGGAGGAGGGAGGGGCGGGUGGGAAGGCGCGGAAGCAGCGCAAGGCUGCUGCCAGUGCUCUGGCUGACCCGCGUUUCGCCUCUCUAUUCACUGACCAGGCGUUCCAAGUGGAUGAGGACUCUCAAGAGUACAUGGCGCUGCACGGGGGCAUGCGGGGAGGAGCGGAGGAGAGGCGGCAGCAGCAGAAGAGGGAUAAGGAGCUUCUAGAGGAGCACUUUGAAAUGGUGGAAGGGGAGGAGGAGGAGGAGGAGGAGGAGGAGGAGGAGGAGGAGGAGGAGGAGGAGGAGGAGGAGGAGGAGGAGGAGGAGGAGGAGGAGGAUGAGGGAGAGGAGGGGGGAGAGGAAGAGGAGAGGGGUGGAAGCGGGAAGAGGAGGUUGGUGCAGGGAGGAAAGGAGGAGGGUGUGUCACGGAAGAGAGGAGCCAAGGAGCCAAGGCUCUACGAAGCGAGAGACGACGUGCAUGCAGCAGCCUUCAGAAACCGCCAAAGCCUCGCCGCCCAGAAGAACCUGCCCCUGGAGGAGAGAAUCGCGCAGCUCCCGCGUUCGUCUGCUAGCAGUCAAGGCGCCGCCCACGGCGUUCCUGUAAGGAGGGCGGGCGGCGCGGUGGAGUUUACUGUUGCAAUGCAAUCAAGGAGACGAGGGGCGAAAUCUUACGUCCUUUUGUUGGUAACCACCGUCGCCGUUUCGCCCUUUGUUCGCGUCCACGCUCAAAAUCCGCCGCCGUUGGAAAACAACACCGGUUUCCCCAUCUGCCCGAAUGGUAACCCGCCCGCGACACCCGCGGUCGCGCCGCUGCGAUGCCCCGCGUAUAUCGGGAUGACGUGCUGCGACAACUGCGAAGACGUGAACAGCGCGCUCUCAUUGGCCAGCGCGAAUCUGUACGACAUCGUUCAGGCGCUGGACCCGAGCGUGAUGUCGCAGAUCCCCGUGGCGAUUCUGGGCGACAUCUCGCGCGACACGAUGGUGAGUGUUGGCUUGAUUGACUCCGUUGAACUGCAUUCGUGGAUCCCCGUGGCGAUGCUGGGCGACAUCCCGCGCGACACGAUGGUUUGGGGUUUCGUGACCACUUCUUCCCUCCCUUGGCCUCUCUUCCAUCGCGUACCUCGUGCUCCUCCCCACAUCCCUCCUUCCCCUCCUCUAGGUGUGCGACUCGAUGGCGAUGCAGCAGCAGUGCGGCCAGCUGCUCGAAGAUCUCGUGUGUGCGACUCGAUGGCGGUGCAGCAGCAGUGCGGCCAGCUGCUCGACGACCUCGUGUGCGCCGCCACGUGCGACCCCUACGCGGGCAGCUACGUGACGGUCAACGAGUUCGUGGGGUCGACGGAGGUGGCUGUGUGCCUCCGAGAGGCGGAGGCGGUCUUCGAGGCAUGCAAGGACAUCCUGUUCAUUUCCACGUCGAAAGGCGCAACCCUUGAUCUCACGCCGUACUUCCCUGACGCGCGCACCUUCAUGACUCAAAUCAUGGGGGGCAUUCUGCGGGUUGUCAUGGGCAACGACAAGGUCCAAAUCGUCCUCACCAGU